GAAAUUUUUGUUCUUCUAACAAUCAUCUCAUCUCUUUAGUCUCGAAACGACGAUCUUUUUCUUCUAACAAUAACCUUAUCUUUGUUGACACCAUGACUACGUCCACCGACUCCAACGAAUAUUAUCAAAGGAUUGGCGCAGGUUUCUGCGGCACAGUAUGGGCAAGAAGCCUAGAAGGGCAUGCCAUCAAGCGCGAAGAUAGAGGACCAUCUCGAUCACUUGCCAACGACUUCACGAUGCACAGCCGAGCAUACGAGGCUUUCAUCGACUUUUCAUACGCUAAGCGCAGCAUGAGAAACUCAUUGACGCAGCUCCACGCGCGUAUCCCUCAAUGCCACCAAUAUAUCACUCCACAGGAUCAUUCAUGGUGGGAAGAAAAUCUCCGAUGGUUCCCAGACGGAUAUGCAGCCUGUAAUGCGAUUCUAUCCGAGAGAAUCCCUCCUUUUCCCGGGCACAUCAGACGUCUUCUCGUGGACACGUAUUGUCCUCCCGUAAUUCGCCAGCAGAUUCUGCACAGCGCCAGCAAUGAAGCCUGCCUCAUCCGACCGUACAUCGGCCGCCAGCGCACCUACGGCACGGCCAUGAACGUCCGAUCUCGAUUUCGAGGCUUUUCCCUCCGAAACCUCCCCCUUCAUGUCGAUCAGAUGGCUGAACUGGGGAUCCGCGCCGAGGAUGUCGACUGUUAUGCUGCCAUGAUGGGCGAAGCACUGGCCACGCUUCACUUGAUUGGGAAGAUAGAUGCGAACGACGUCGAAUUUGUUUUGGCUCCGAUGUCGCGAACUGUUACUGGCACGGAGCACAACGGAGCCACGGACACCAGAAGCAGCAGCAACACCAUCACAAAUAUUUUGGGAACCCAUACCAUGUGGAUCCUGGAUUGUGACCUUUGUCACUCCACCUCGAUGGAUCUCAAGGGUGUUCAGCAAGCUGUCGAUGCUUUCUUCAAGAACGACCCCUUCUGUCCAGGGCCGCACACGGCACACUGGCCUGCCUUUCGCGAUCGAUAUUUGAGUGCUGCUGAACAGAUUGCUCGCAUCUACCAUCCGGAUGAGACACAUGCCAUUUAUGACCUUGCUCGUCAAUUUAUCCAGAUUGUAGAGACGAGGGGGAUAAAACCACUGUUCAAAGUGACUGAUGAUACAUUCAAGGGGAAGCAUGCGACGGACAUUCCAGGCCUUGAGCCUAUGUCUAGUUCUCAGGUGGUCUGCCGACUCAACGAAGAAAGAAAUCAAGAUCAAAUAGACUGA